UCUCCCAGCGCCUGAAGGCAUCCAUACAGAAUGUGGAAGUGCUGCCAAACCGAGCCAGUGUGAGGCAAAGAUCAAUCAGAAUCUUGCCGGCCUGUCCUGUCAGGCAGGACGCUGUUAUGGGGGCCCAAGAUGCAGAACAGCAACCAGAAAAUGAUCAGGAUCCAGAUAUGGAGAAGGCUCACUGUCUUUACCAACAGGCACGUAAGAUAAUUCACCUGCACAAUGCAACAGAAUGUCCUGACAAGAGAAAUAUUAAUGAGUUAAGCGGCAGCGGACCUUCACCCCUUCAAGCCAGAAUGGGCCAAAGAUGUGGAAGCAAUGAAUUUUAUGAGGGUGAGAUGUCCUCUUGCAGCCUGCCUGUAACAGCACCGCCGGUCUCUAGAGUCCGCCUACCGCCAUGUUGUCCCACUGUGCGACAAAGAUUUCCAAGCCCUCCUGCGUUCAGACCUCAGACCACCUCUAGGCCCUCAUCUCGCCCAGGUUCUCCAAGAACGGUGACACGUACCACAGACAACACUGAAGAGAUCAUUCCAUCUGUGUCCUUCCGCGAUGCCCGUUCAGUCUUCUGUCUAAACGAAUCACAGAAAUCUCAGAACUGCAUCUCCUCUGGAAGUUCUGUACUUCCCAGACCAUGGGGCGAGGCCUCCCGAGGCAGGCUACCCAUGAGAGGGACAGACAACUCUACCCGUCGUACACAAUCAGAACAGAGGCCUAGUUUGACUUCCCAUUCAGAAUUUCCCAAAGAUGACACUUCAGCCUCUAGCCAGGCCAAGGGGAGACAUCCGGUUACCACAACAUAUAGGCCGGGCAGCCCUCUGAUGACAGGAGAUGACACCCAUUUGGAUCCAUGUGCCACUGUGACAACAGCCUAGAGGCCAGCUGUGAUUGGCCAGGGUUUCUAAAGUGAAAUACGAGGUGGGAAGGGAAUGCAGCACGGGAUUAUGGAUUAACAGGAUUCUGAGGUUUAGCAGUUUUCUCUUUUCUU